UUUGUUUUUAUUCUAUCAUUUCUCAUAAGAGCUCUCUCCUCAUUUUCCCCCAUUCUCUGUUGUCUGUUCUAAUUCUUUCUUUAUUUGUUUUACUGGCCUACCACUGCUUCCUCCACCGUCCCGUUUCUUCCAAGGUACUCUGUUUCCUUCUCCUAAUUAUUUGCUUCAGAAAUUUAUCGUUUGCAAAGAAGCAAAAGCGUAAGAUUCUUUGGGAACUUUGAUGGGGUUUUAAAGCGCACACGAUCAUGGAUCCACGCUUCGAUGUUGCUAGAAAUUGAACGAUGGGAUCAUUCAUCCCUGUUCUGGCCGGUACUCACGUUCCCGGAGAUGGAUUCAAAUCCAAAGAGAACGCCUUUGAUCUCGAUUUCCCCGCUUCCAAUUGUGAAUCCGAGGGACGCUCCGUCGGCAACGGCGAGUUUUCUGAUACCACUUUCAAGUACAUAAAGCGGAUGGUCAUUGAGGAUGAGAUAGAGCAGAUGCUGAUGGAGGACGACGACACAGAGCAUAUGGUCCUCGACCCUUUGGCUCUCAGAGCCGCCGAGAAAUCAUUCUACGAAGUUCUGGGUCUGAAGUAUCCUGCCUCACCGGCCCAUCCCACUCUCUGCAACCCUAAUAAUUUUUCCACCGAUCAUAAUAGUGGCAACAGUAAAAUUACUGCUCCCGGCGAGUCAGAUUUUCAAUCCACUUCAAAGAUGCCCUUGAGCUCUUCGGAAUGUCUCACUGGGAGUUUCGAUGGGAUCACGAACCCUUGUUCUGUAAGUAGAGUUUUUUUCCCUAAUGCUUUUACUGCGGGUGUGUCUGUAACAUUGCAGUUUAAAAAUCAAGUCGAAGAAGCUACUGCAUCCCUUCCAUUCAAAAAUUACACAAUAAUUGAUUUUGAGAAUUAUAAGCUCCUUCCAAUGUCAAAGGAUAGCAAUCCAGAGGAAGAGAAUAAUGAAAGGAAGAAUCAUCCUGGGGAGGAUAUAGAAAGAACAGAUAUAGAAGGGAGGAGUGACAAACAGUCCAUGGUUUGUGUGGAUGAGGAUGAGUUAUCGAAGAUGUUUGAUAGGGUUUUCCUCUGCCCCGACGACCGCAGGAAGCCUUUGGUGUGUACUUCUGAUGAAGUUUCACAAGAUAGAAGAGGCAAGUUAUUGAAGCAUAAUGAACUACCAUGUGGAUCCAAUGCCAGGAAGAGCGGUGGAAAGAAACGAAAGAACAGAAAUCAAGUAGUGGAUUUGAGGGCUCUCCUGGUUCUCUGUGCACGUGCUAUUGCCAUUGAUGAACGUGGGACCGUGGAUAAAUUGUUAACGGAGAUUAGGCAGCACUCUUCUCCAUUUGGUGAUGGAUAUCAAAGGUUUGCUCAUUAUUUUGCUAACGGUCUCGAGGCACGCUUGGUUGGAACUGGUUUUCAAAUUUAUACUGCUUCUAGGAUGCAGUCAUUUGCCCAUAUGUUGAAAAUUUACCAAACUUUUAUUUCAGCAUGCCCGUUCAAGAGGAUUAGUUUUUAUUUUGCAAGUCACCACAUUUUAAAUUUAGCUGAGAAAGGGACGACCCUUCAUAUUAUCGAUUUUGGUAUCUCGUACGGUUUUCAAUGGCCCAUAGUUAUCCAAGAUCUCUCGGCUAGACCUGGUGGGCCUCCCAAGCUUCGUAUUACAGGGAUAGAGUUUCCCAAAUCCGGUUUACAGCCAGAAAAAACAGUUGAGGAAGCAGGCCAUCAUCUUGUAAAGUAUUGUAAGCGCUUUAACGUUUCAUUCGAGUAUAAUGCUGUCGUGAAAAAAUGGGAGACUAUACAAAUGGAAGACCUCAAGAUUGGCAAAAAUGAGUUAAUUGUUGUGAAUUGCCUAUAUCGACUUGAUUAUCUACUUGAUGAGACGAGUGUGUUGGACUCUCCGAGAAAUUCAGUUUUGAGUUUGAUUCGAAAUAUAAAUCCACAUAUUUUUAUCCAUGGUAUAAUUAAUGGAUCAUGCAAUGCUCCAUUCUUUGUCACACGUUUUCAGGAGGCACUUUUUCACUACUCAUCAUUAUUUGAUAUGUUGGACGCUAAUAUUACACCUGAAAAUCAGGAGAGGUUGAUGUUUGAGAAAGAGUUCUAUGGGCAGGAAGUUGUGAAUGUCUUGGCCUGUGAGGGAUCGGAGAGGGUUGUGAGGCCUUUGACAUACAAAUAUUGGCAGGUCCAAAACAUGAAUGCAGGGUUUAGGCAACUCCCACUAGAUAGAGAACUCGUGAAGACAUUGAGAGCUAAGGUGGAAUCUCACUAUCAUAAGGAUUUUGUGAUUGAUGAAGAUGGGCCUUGGAUGCUACAGGGAUGGAAGGGCCGAAUUUUGCUUGCCACCUCUUGUUGGAUUCCUGCACAAAGGUCUUGAAAUGCAUUUCUCAAAAUAACUCUAUUGGAAAAUUAUUGAAAUCUUCUGGAACAUUGGAAUCAUAACUUUUGCUUCAUUGUUGCAUCUUGAGGAAGAUUGAGAAGGUAACAACAACAGUAUUUUGUGA